CUGGGCGCUGCAUUACCGGAGUUGUAGUCUCUUUUUCCCUUGACCCUUUGGCCCAGGAUUACGAGUUAGGGUUUAUAGGGUUCAGGGUUUGUAGGGUUCAGGGUCAGGACCAGUAACAUUAUGACGUAGAGCAAAUGACAGGAAGGGUCGACCAAAACAGAAACUGCUUUCAAUGAUUCCUUGUCGGCUCGUUUGUAAGCAAACAGUGUGAGAGGUUAAAGGUUGCCUCAAACAGUCUGAGUAUUCAUUGUACAGAACGAAAGUUCAAGAUAGCCUCGAACAGUCAUGGCUCAAUACAGAAUAGUCUCGGGAUCCGUUGCGGUGAUUUCCAUCCAGAAUCCGCCGGUAAACGCACUGAGCGCGGCCGUGAGAGAAGGUUUGCUCCUCUCCGUCAGAGCGGCGGCCAGCGACCCCCUGGUGCGCUCCGUGGUCAUCAGUGGGCACAACGGACCAUUCUGCGGCGGAGCGGACAUCAAGGAAUUUGGAAAUGUAUCGCAUUUGGAAUCUGGACCUCAUCUGGUGGAGAUCUUUGAGUCAGUGGAGGCCCUGGCCAAACCGGUGGUGGCUGCCAUUGAAGGAUUCGCUCUUGGAGGUGGCCUUGAGUUGGCGUUGGCGUGUCACUAUCGCUUCGGACAUUCGGAAGCCAGAGUAGGUCUUCCUGAGGUGUCUUUAGGGUUACUUCCUGGUGCUGGGGGAAGCCAGCGUUUACCCAGGCUGCUAGGAGUAAGAGCUGCCUUGGAUAUGAUCGUUACAGGGCGCCAUGUGGCCGCCGGUGAGGCUUUGAAACUGGGCCUGCUGGACAGACUGACGGACGGUAACACGGUGGACGCCGCAGUAAGGUUCGCCCAGAGCGCUGAAGGAAAACCCCUGGACGACCGUCGCCUUGGCAACCGUCCAUGCCCCCCCCUGGAGAACAUUGACGCUUUCUUCGAAGAGGCCCUGAUCCAUGCGAGGGGGCGGGCCCGCGGCGCGGCGGCCCCCCUGGCGUGCGUGCAGGCGGUCCGAGGGGCGGCCACCCUGCCCUUCCUCAAGGGCAUGGAGCUGGAGAAGAGGCUGAUGGAGACCCUGAUGACCUCGGGCCAGGCACAGGCCUCACGCUACUGCUUCUUCACUGAGAGGGGCGCGGCCCGCUGGACCACGCCCACCGGGGCCCGCUGGGACACAUGCAGGGCCCGGCCAAUCAGCACAGCCGCAGUGAUCGGUCUAGGGACUAUGGGCAGAGGUAUCACGGUGGCGCUGGCCAGAGCGGGCCUGUCCGUUGUCGCCGUGGAAACCCAAGAGCAUCAGCUGGACGAGGCCCAGCGAGCCGUGAGCCGCAUGUUGAAGGGCGGAGGGGGGGUGAGCUACAGUGCUGAUCUACAGGCCGCAGCCGGAGCAGACCUGGUGGUGGAGGCCGUGUUUGAAGACAUGGCCGUUAAGGAGGAGAUCUUCAAGCAGCUGUCGUCCGUCUGUAAACCCGGCGCCCUGCUGGCCACUAACACCUCCAGCCUGGACAUCGACCGCCUGGCCUCCUGCACCCUCCGCCCAGAACAGGUGCUGGGGUUGCACUUCUUCGCCCCGGCUCACGUCAUGAGGCUGCUGGAGGUGGUGUCCGGGCCUCGCACCUCUCCCCAGACGGUGGCCGCAGCAAUGCAGCUGGGGAGGAGGAUGGGCAAGGUGUCCGUGGCAGUGGGUAACUGCCCGGGGUUUGUCGGCAAUCGCAUGCUGAAGCCUUACCUGGAACAGGCUUACUUCCUGCUGGAGGAGGGAGCCAGCCCCGAGCUGGUGGAUGCUGCCUUGGAGGAGUUUGGAUUCCCGAUGGGCGUGUUCAAGAUGUCCGACCUCUCGGGACUGGAUAUCGGCUGGAGGGUUCGGAAGGAGGAGGGGCUGACGGGGCCUGGUGUCACGGCAGAUCAGCCAAUGAGAACCCGCCGCGGCCGCAGGUAUAGCCCCCUGGGGGACCUGAUGUGUGAGGAAGGACGGUAUGGUCAGAAAACCGGCCGGGGCUGGUACCUGUACGACCGGCCCGGCGCCAGAGUGGCCCGCUCCGACCCAUGGCUGCGGAGCUUCCUGGAGGAAUACCGGGAGCGGCACGGCCUGCUGGCCCGGCGCAUUGACCAGCAGGAGGUGCUGGAGCGCUGUCUGUACGCCUUAAUCAAUGAGGGCUUCCGCGUCCUGGAGGACGGAGUAGCAGCCAGCCCCCAGAACAUCGACGCCAUCUAUGUGUUCGGUUACGGCUGGCCCAAGCAUCGUGGAGGUCCCAUGUUCUACGCAGCCCAGGUGGGCCUGGCCCGAGUCCUGGAGGGGCUGGAGAAGUACCACAAGGCCCACCCCGACAGCCCCCACCUGCAGCCCUGCAGCCUGCUGAGGAGGCUGGUCGCCAGUGGCAGCCCUCCCAUACACAAGUGGAGCGAGGUGGUCAAGGGGCACCGCAGCCAGCUGUAGACCGCCCUGCUCUUCAUCGGCCAUUCCAACCAUCCCUUUGAUGAAGAAGGAUACCGAUGUCCUGGGAGGAGUUUGUCUGUUACUGUGAUUUUUGCUGUCAAUAAGUUUAGUUACAAGGCAAGCACAUGAUGUGAAUGCAUGCUAAUCGGCCAAUGGGUAAUUUUCCCUACUUUGUAAUUUAUGGCAGUAAUCAGGUCCUUUCAAAUCACAAUCGGAGAAGUGUAGAACAGUUAACAGGACCAAGAAGAUGAGAAGAGCAACGACAAGAAGACAUUUGCAAAUCAAUGGAUGAAUGGAUGAACUAAUUAGGUAGCUGCAGCUGUUUGUUUAAUGAUGAAGCAAGCAGCUAUAGCUUUCGACACUGCCUCUGCCUUUGCAACUUUUUGUUUAAUGAUAUGAUUUCUGUGAUUGAUGAGUUUGAAUCAAUGCAUAUGCUUAACGGCCAAUAAAGUAAAAGCAUUAAACCUUUGAUGAAUAAG